UAUACUCAAACCUGUCACUAGUGAACUUAAAAAUUGAGGAAUCUCACAGUUACUUAAAUGACCAGUUUGAAGUGAAUUGUGAUGCUGCAUACGUUUACAAGGAAGUGUAUUAAUAUCAAUGUAUAUAUAUAUAAUUUUUUUUUUUUUAGACAGUCAUCGAUCAAUGCCUUUCAAAAGGACUUUUCCAGCUGCUCUCUAUGCUGCGGUGGUUUCUGGACCCGUGGUCUCCUGAAGAAUCUCUGCUGACGCCAGACUUCAGUCAGAGAACAACACAUGGAUUAGCCUGAGUAUAAAGGCCCACCUCACCUUUGGUGGUGGAGAACAGAGGGAGCUGAUCCGCGGACUACAGCAGCCAUGAUGGGAAAGAUCAUCUUCUACGAGGACAGGAACUUCCAGGGCCGUCACUAUGAGUGCACCGGCGACUGCUCCGACCUCCACUCCGUGUUCGACCGCUGCCGCUCCAUCAAGGUGGAGAGCGGCAUGUUCAUGGUCUAUGACCGUCCUGGUUUCACCGGGAACCAGUUCUUCAUGAAGAGGGGCGAGUACUCAGACUACCUGAACCUGGCUGGUAUGAGCGACUGUGUCAGGUCCUGUCGGUUGAUCCCCAUGCACCGCGGCGGUUUCAGGAUGAAGCUGUACGAACACACCGACAUGAGAGGCGAGAUGAUGGAGCUGACAGACGACUGCCCCAACGUCACGGAGCGUUUCCGGAUGACAAACUUCAACUCCUGCAACGUGAUGGACGGCCACUGGCUCCUGUAUGAGCAGCCUCACUACAGGGGGCGCCACUACUACCUGAGGCCCGGUCAGUACAGGAGCUUCGGUGACUGGAGUGGCGGCAGCUCCAGAAUAGCUUCCAUCAAGCGACUCAUGGAUCUCUAAAGAUGGAAGGAUGGUUCUAGUAAAGUGUUUGCUCUUCGCCUUGUUUCACACCCUGAAUAAAAUGGCAUCUGUGAUCGAGUGUUAUUAGAUUUCUUCUUUCUCUCUGGGACUUUCAGGGUUCCUUUUAGAAUUCUUUGGUUUGGUUUCCCCCGACCUACAC